UACCUCUUUUUAUUUAACAGAAAACAGACCUCAACAACACAUUAAUUAAUUACACAGCAGCAUACGAGCUAUCUUUAUCAUCUGGUAAUUCACACCUAUCAUACUGGAAUCGUCUGGAAACGUUCCCAGAGUUCUUACAAGAGCUUGGAUGUCAAAAUACCAGCCCAGAAAGAAACUACUGCUGGAGUUUAUACGUCCAAGAAUUAGGCAGCUAUUUAGAAAUAUACAUCGGGAUCAGUGUGACGUGUAUUGUUUGUCAGAUAUGUUCAAUAGUUGCAGCCGAAUACAUAUUCCGUAAACUAGAAUUUAAAGAAAAGAAACCAAGCAUUUCAGAGAAUAAGUAUUACCUAUUGUUGAGUUUAAAACAUGGUAUAUUACGAAGUUUGAUGAUCUUCAUAAAGGAUAAUUGGAGCAGGUCAAAAGUUGUAUUUGCAUCGGUCAUACUUAAAAUAAGCUCACUUGUAGCAGGUCUUGGGCUUCUUGGACUAGGAUUAACUCUAAUAGGAGACGUUUUUAUUAGUGAUGGCUCUCUUAGACAUAUAUUUUAUAAGAUGCAGUUUUACCAUUACUAUUUCUAUGAUAUACUAGUGGGUCUAGCUGCAGCAUCGGUUGUCAUUGGAAUAUGUACUUUGUUGUUGGCAGUUCUUGGCUUAGUUGGAUCCUGGAGAAAAUCGCAACGCUUUCUUAUUACGAGCUCUGUUCUGUCUUUUGCUUUGCAUAUACCAAGAAUUAUUGCAGUUGUAUUAUGGAUAGUUUUUAUUGAAGAGAUCAACGAUGGUAUGAAAUUUCAGUUAUGGUUACAACAAUUAGGAUAUUUUUAUGGAGGCAACGGAAAUGAAAUCACGGGAAAGUGGAAUGACAUGAUUAUGACUCUGCAGUGUUGUGGUGUCAAUUAUUACUCCGAAACACAUACGACCCAGGGAAUACAGUUCUGUUGUAAAAAUGCUCAUCCCAGAAUACUAGACAAAGAAGAUCCAAACACAAAUUCAUAUAGUGAAAUUUUCAAUUAUUUUGGUGGCUGUGGUGGGUACAAAACAGAUACAUGUGCAGAAGUAAUAUUGGAAAAGACUGAGAUGUUUGUUGGAUGGUUUCUUACGAUCUUGUUGCUGCAAAUUGUUUUAGAGAUCAUCGGUGGCCUGUUUGUGAACAAGGAAUAUUCAGAUAUACUGUCGACGGAAAAACCAGACAGCUCAACAGGAGAUGAAAUGAAUACAAAGUCUGUAAUAUUUAGAAAAAUUUUCAGAGGAAUGAAAUCUUUCUUUUUAAGUAACUGGAAAAGGUCUAAAUUAACCUUAGUACGCUUCACAUCUCUCGGAACUAUAUUUAUGUGUAGCCUUGUGGUGCUUUGUCUAGCCAUCAAUAUAAGAUACGACAAAGUUUUUGGAAACUCGGAUAUACAAGACAUAUUCUCAAGAAUCAAUGUUACCGACCAUACCUUCACAAGGGCCGUCAACAUAUUUUCCAUUGUGACUGUCACCUUUUCGUCUGUAUCUAUAUCAGUUGUUAUAUUUUCCAUCUUUGUUAUGGCUUUACCAAAAUGGAAAUCAGUUCUGAAUAUUGUGACUGCAGGGUUAUUGAGUGCUGUGGUAGUUGCCAACAUUGUACAAAUAGGAUUAUGGGGAAAGUUCUUGGCAGGAGUUUCAUCAGAGCUAGAAAAUGAACUAAGGGCACAAUUUGUUAGUCAAGAUGGCGGCUAUCAGUACUCUCAGAAUUCAGCAACAUAUGACACGUCAUUAUCACUCUCUUGGAACACGCUUUUUGUACAGGCAGAAUGCUGUGGAGUAGGAUCCUUGAUAGAAUCAUCGUUUACCUCCACCAAGUGGUACUCGUCUGGGGAUAGAUCUGGUAAUCGAAUCCCAGUACAGUGUUGUUUAUCUCAGUCCGAUGUAUUCCCGUACUCUACUAGGACAGAUAGCCAUUGUACAUCUUCUAUGCUAGAUGGAUACUUUUACUCACAGUCUUGUGAUGAUGCAGUAGAAAAAAGAAUAAAGACAUACAGCAUAAUCUUCUUUGUUUUCAUGGCGAUCACCAUUUUAACAGAGAUAUGUUGCAUUAUGAUGACUGUAUUCAAUGUUAUAAGAUUGAAGAAAUUACCCCUGGUUUUUAAAGCUGGUGACGACACAAAAGAAAUCAUUAGAGAAAAGGAGAAAAGUAUGCUGGAACAAUCAAUUGGGGAUGAAGCAAAUAAAUCCAGAAACAAAAAAAUACAAAAGGAUAAGCCAGAAAAAAUAUCACAACUCAAGAAGUCGAAGUCGAGAGGAGCAUUUGAUUUACAAAAGAAAGAAAGUACAACUAUUCAGGAAAAUCAUGAAGACAAAAUUGAAUUACAACCUGUAAAACCGAUUGGAAUUGAAAACAAAAAUAAUGCCGCUAUCGAAAAUAAGCAAUUAGACACAGUCUCUGGGACAAAAGUAAAUAAUGUUGCGGAAGAUGAAACAGUGGCUGAAAAAGAUACCACAGUUAGGGACACCAAGAUCGAUGAUGCAACGGACACAACCAACUAGCAAAAUCUAGACAAAUAAUAAUAUGAAUAGUUAUUACAAGAUUGCUAGUUUUACUUUUGACAAUGUGCAUAAUAGAACAUAAAUCAGUAGAAUUUAUAAAUGUUUUAAUUCUGUAGAAGUAACAAUGAAGUACUUUGCUGUAUAUUUUUUUCUCGCUUAUAAACUAACCAAUCGACGCUUGUGUUAUGCAGUUGUUGACAAAACGCUCAAAAGUGUGUGAAGAAAGCGGGAAAAAACAGAAUAGUAAUUUUUCUCAUAAUAAAGACAACAACAUCAACAAUGUUGAUUUCGGUAACCAUACUAAUAAAAUAUUAUUCGAAGCUUGAGUUAUACAUUUUCAAUCAUUUUCUGAAAAACUAUUUUAUUUGUUUUGUUUGUCUUGUUAUCAUUAUUUUAUUAAUAUCAAUUUAAAAAAAGCUGUUCAA